AUGCCUCCCCCUGAGGCCCAGGACCCUGCCCCUCCAUCCCCCACCUACUCGCCUGCGCUGACUGUGCUGUCAGACCCCAGCCAUGGGCCAUCCAACUCCAGCUCCGGCCGCAUCUUUGACGUGACUGCCUUCGGGGCUAUCGGGGAUGGGUUGGCUGACAACACCCCCUCCUUUGAGGCGGCCUGGAAGGCAGUGUACUCGGUGGAGUCAGGUGUCGUCCUCGCUCCCUCGGGCUACACAUUCACGAUCACUCCCACGAACUUCUCGGGCCCAUGCGAGCCGGGGCUCGUAGAUGGGGUCUUGAUUCAGCCAAAUGGACCGGAUUGUUGGCCGAAAGCAUAUGGCAAGAAGCAAUGGCUCGUGUUCUACCAGCUCAACAACAUGACUCUGACGGGGAAGGGAACCAUUGAAGGCAAUGGCAGAGCCGUGGUGGGAUCUUACUUGCAAGCCCCACAGGGUGAUUGA